AUGAGUGAUUUACGAUUUCUAGACUUGGUUAAACCAUUCGCUCCUUUUUUGCCGGAGAUUGCUGCUCCUGAACGCAAAGUUCCAUUUAAACAGAAAAUGCUUUGGACAGGCGUUACACUACUGAUCUUCUUGGUUAUGUCGCAAGUACCUCUUUACGGCAUUGUUUCCUCCGAUACCUCAGAUCCAUUAUUGUGGCUGCGUAUGAUUUUGGCUGCAAAUCGAGGCACUCUUAUGGAAUUGGGUAUUUCACCCAUCGUUACUUCUAGCAUGUUGAUUCAGCUUCUCGUCGGUUCUCAGUUAAUUGAGGUCAAUAUGGAAUUGAAAUCUGAUAGAGAAAUGUACCAAAUUGCCCAAAAAUUUCUGGCAAUUAUUAUCGCGUUUGGUCAAGCUACCGCUUAUGUUUUAACCGGAAUGUAUGGUCGCCCUCAAGACCUUGGAGCUGGUAUCUGUCUUCUGUUAAUUCUUCAACUUGCUGCUGCUAGUAUAAUCGUUUUGCUUUUGGAUGAGCUCUUGCAGAAGGGUUAUGGACUCGGCUCUGGUAUUUCUCUCUUUAUUGCUACCAUCAAUUGUGAAAGUAUUUUCUGGAAAGCUUUCUCUCCAACCACGUACCAUAUUGCCAACGGAGUUCAAUUUGAAGGUGCUGUAAUCAAUUUUGUUUAUGUCAUGCUCAAGUGGGACAACAAAAUAUCCGCCUUGUAUCAAUCAUUUUUCCGUACUGGCCUUACUAGCAGUCAUAUUCAAUUGCCCAAUCUCUGGAACUUCUUCGCUACUCUUAUGAUCUUUGGAGUUGUUAUUUACUUGCAAGAUUUCCGCGUUGAAAUUCCCAUUCGUUCUCAGAAAUUCCGUGGUUUCCGCAGUACUUUCCCAAUCAAGCUUUUAUACACUUCCAACACUCCCAUCAUGUUGCAGUCUGCCUUAACUUCCAACCUGUUUUUGGCUAGCCGUCUUUUGUUCAACCGCUUUUCUGAUAACUUUUUGGUUCGUCUCUUGGGUGUGUGGGAGCAAGGUGCCGUUUCUGGUCUUUCUUACUAUCUCUCUCCACCAAUUUCCCUCCAAGAUGCUCUUAUCGAUCCCAUUCAUACUUUGGUUUACGUUGGCUUCACCAUGGUAGCUUGCGCAGUCUUCUCUAAGCUUUGGAUCGAGGUUUCUGGUUCCAGCCCACGUGAUGUUGCUAAGCAAUUAAAGAGCCAGCAAUUGGUGAUGGCUGGAUAUCGGGAAGGAAGUAUGUACAAAGAAUUAAAGCGUCUUAUUCCCACUGCUGCUUUGCUUUCCGGUGCCUGUGUUGGCGCCCUUGCUGUCGCUUCUGAUCUUCUUGGUGCAUUGGGAUCGGGCACUGCUGUUCUGCUUUGCACUACCACCAUUUAUGGCUAUUAUGAACAGUUACAAAAGGAAAUUAAAGGUGACUCUUACGGGUUGCCUGUCGCUCCUAUGGCUUAA